AUGCAAAUAUCGUUUCCAUUACUAGACAUUGGUGCACGAUACGAGUUAAUGAUGGAAGGAUCGACCCCAGUGGUUUGCGUGGAAGUAGCACCGGUGGGAUACAUAAAUCAUGAAUGGCAAAAGGUGUUCCUAUAUAUGCCAUUGAGUCUAAUUGCGCUUGCUGCAUUUGUCACACUGCUUGCGAUAUUAUCAUUCAGCGAUGGUAGCCGCUACUACGAUUUCUUCGUUGCCGUGAUGGUGAUCCAAUCAUCAGGAAUCACAAUGGACGAUGCCAUAGCCUACGCCCAAUUUGUUUUCGCAGCUGGCACACUCAAUCUUGCGUAUCCACAAUUUUAUGCGCUCUUUACUGCUAACUUUGCAUGGAGCUGGCUAUUGUUCUCGCCAUCGUGGUUACAUCACAUUCUUGAUCCCGAUGCAAAAGACGUGGGUGUGGCAGCAUCAACCAACUUGACCCAUCUUGCAAAUGUUAUGGAGAUCGACCUUCGAGCUUUGUUUCUUACAAGUAUUUUAUUCUUUGGCAUAUGCCUUGUCGUCCUUGUAUUGAUAUGCCUUACAAUUUGGAUAUGCUAUGAGAUCCUCGCCGUAUCAAAUCCCUACCGAUUCAGUGGAAAUCGAAGAAAGCUUGGUAGCGUGUGUAUUGGUUGGAUCAUUCAAUUGACGACAAUCGCAUACCUCCCAUUGACAGCACUCUCGUUUUACCAACUGAUGGUGCCUGGCCCAUGGUAUCUGACAGCGUUAUCGUCAUUCAUGCUAGCUGGUGUAUUGUUCGGAGUCUACAGCCGCAUUGUAAUCCUUGUGACACAACGCCAUGGCACAUCAUCCGAUCCAAGCUUCUUGUUACGUUAUGGUCAAUUGUACACGCCAUUGCGAAGGGACACAUUUUACUUUUUUAUUAUUGUACAGCUACAUCGAUUGCUAUUAGGUGGCAUGAUUGGCUUAUUUCAAAUGAGUGGGGAGGCUCAAACAGGCGUAUUGCUGAUAAUGGACAUUGCCAUGCUCGCACUUUACGCCACGCUUUCACCUUAUGUCGAUCGUGUAGCGAAUUUUCUAGCUGUGCUUACAGCAGCUGUCAGAUCCAUCGUUGAUGCUCUUAAUGUUUUGUUCUUGGCAUCAAUUGCACUCACUGAUCGCCAAAAGCAGUACGUAGCCUAUACUCAAGUGGUCCUCCAUUUUGUUGUGUUUGCCGUUUACCUUGGUAUUCACCUCUCAAGACUCUUAAUGAUCCUUCUCGGUGGGUGUUAUGGUUAUGGUAGUUGCUGGAGGAGACCAAAUUACAGGGGACGCAAUCAUAAUCAGCAUUUGGCUUUUGGGCAACAACAACACCAGCAACAACAUACACAACCUACUAUAGCAUCUCAGCAUGAAGAACAGCCAUUUGCAUCCUCCUUAAUAGCCUCCCAGUCACCACGUCGAUCGGUCUUAAUACAAGAUCCCAACACAUCUCAUUCAACAACCACCACUUCAUCCCCCUCCUCUUUCACGUCCUUUACCGAAGACCCAUAA